AUGGCAACGACUGGGUUUAUGUUUCUCUCUAAAAACUUCAACUACUCUUCGAAAGCCGGUUCUCUCGCAACAAAAGUCGGUGUCAAUCAAAUUUUCUUCACUCCUAUCUUCAACACAUAUUUCUUCGGCAUGCAAUCAUUACUUUCAGGAGACAGCAUACCGGACGUCGUCGAGCGUGUUAAGAGAACGGUUCCGACUAGUAUGAUGAACAGUAUUAAACUCUGGCCGGCGGUCACAGCUAUCAGUUUCGCAUGGGUACCACAAGAAUACAGGAGUAUUUUCGCGGGAGUCAUCGCAAUUGGGUGGCAGACAUAUUUGAGUUUCUUGAAUAAAAGAGUGGAGGGUGAAAUGGCCGGAAGCGUCGAGAAUACAGAAAAAGAAAUUAUGAGAGCUCCCAUCGCGAAAGUUUCGAAAGAAGUUGCCGUUAUGAAAGAACAUGCCAGUGAGGCUCAAAAGCAGAGCGCCUAG